UCAAAGUUGAAAGUCAAACAGCAUUACAGCUCUUCGGUAUGGCGGUCUUGGUAGGUUGCAGAUCCUUUUGGCAAUCUUUUCGCGUACAGGCAGCGCAUCGACAGAGUGCGUGUAGGCUAGCCGCUGCCUUCUUCUCCAGGCGGUAUGUUCUGUCUAACAGAGUCGUGCUUUGUCCUCGCCUGAACGGCCACGGUGCUGUUACGCGAUACUACAGCUCCGACUCAAAGGAUGACCUGCGCGUUAGAUACCUAGACGGAGAAGACAGCGGUAUUGUCGUCGUUGGAAUAAAUCGACCAAAAGCCAAAAAUGCCAUAAGCAAAAAUCUUGUGAAAAUGAUGUUUGAAGCUGUGGAGGACAUCAAGAAGAAUAAAAAAGUGCGCAGUGUAAUUUUAUGCAGUUUGGUUCCUGGUAUAUUUUGUGCAGGUGCAGAUCUGAAGGAGAGGGCCAAGAUGCACCAGAGCGAAGUGGGACCAUUUGUAUCCAAAGCAAGAGCCCUCAUUACAGAGCUAGGAAGCCUGCCAGUACCAACAAUUGCUGCAAUUGAUGGUGCUGCCUUAGGAGGAGGAUUGGAAAUGGCCCUUGCUUGUGACAUCAGAAUUUCCUCCAAUACUGCCAAAAUGGGACUAGUUGAGACAAAACUUGCAAUUAUUCCUGGAGCAGGUGGUACACAACGUCUCCCUAGGGUGAUUGGCGUCUCUCUUGCCAAGGAGCUCAUCUUUGCUGCACGAGUGGUUGAUGGAACACAGGCGCAACAAAUGGGUCUUGUCAGUCAUUCUGUGGAGCAGAAUAACAGUGGAGAUGCUGCCUACUUGAGGGCUCUGGAGCUUGCACGGGAGAUUAACCCCCAGGGCCCAAUUGCAAUAAGGAUGGCAAAGUUGGCAAUUAACCAGGGGAUAGAGGUGGAUUUAUCUACAGGUCUGGCAAUAGAAGAGGCUUGUUAUUCCCAAGUGAUACCAACUAAAGACCGUUUGGAAGGCUUGGCUGCUUUCAAGGAGAAGAGGCAGCCUCAGUUCAAAGGGGAAUGAAGUCAUCGUUCCAGAAUCGAUCAGUUCUGCCUUCAGCUCUGCUACUGUUCACUGCUUCCAACAUAAAUAACGGGUCAGACUGAACUCGCCAAUACAUUAGCCCAUACAGUACCCAUAGGAUAGUUGACAGCUGGACCUUAGGGGUUAUUGUGGGCUGAUGUUUCAGGCUAAAGCACUUUCUGACUUUGUCAAUUCAAUUCACUUUUAUUUAUAUAGUGACAGUUUAUGACAGCAGUCACCGCAAGGCGCUUUAAAUUGUAAGGUAAAGACUUUACAACUAACCACAUUAAGAUUUGGAGAAACAAAGCAAACUAACCCAGCUAAGUUAAAUGUGUACUGCUGUGUUCAUGUCUGCAUAAAACAGUUUUUCAUUCACUUUACCAAAAUGAAGCGAAUGGAGAUGCUUUGAUUUCUUACUUUUGGGGCUUCAAUGUGCUAGUAACAAAACAUCCUUCAGAUCAACUGGUUGAAAAUCAUUGUUGUUUUUCUACAAGUCAGUUUUUGGUGCCAAAUUAAUCUGAUUAAUUAAAAAAAAAAAGAUUAAAAAAAAGAUCUGAGCAACUUGAUUACUGCUCAGAGCUUGAUACGUUUCCACAUUUGUUUCAUAGCAAACCUGAUGAUUUGGCUUAUAUUGAUUAAAAUAAUGGGAUACCUGCUGUCCUCAUUAUUUGUAACUGGCCAUGUUCAUUAUGACUGUCCAUCAUUAAUGCUUAAACUAUUUUGUUUACGUGUCGUCUUUACUUUCUGUCCAAUUUUGUUACUUAAGACAACAUCAUAUUAAAGUUGUUUUGUUUUUUUUUUAAUACAAACCUUCUUUAAACACAUGAGGGGUGCUUAAAGCUUACACUGUCUGAAACGAUCUGAAAUGGGCUUGUCUCCCUUUACAGCAAUUUUGUUCUGAUUGGCUAUCCCUUGAACAGGACAACAGUGGGUUGUGCUUCUCUGCUGAAAGCCAGAGCCACACCUGAGAUAAUGAUAUUAAGGAUAUCAGUUCUGACAUCAUACAAAGCUAAGAGUAGAGCAAAACGCCUCAAACCUAUAGUUUUUAGUAGUCUAAAGCCAGAUCUUUUGGCUUAUAUUGAUUCAAAUAACGGGAUACCUGCUGACCUCAUUAUUUGUAACUGGCCAUGUUCAUUAUGACUGUCCAUCAUUAAUUCAAGAAGUGAAUAUGACAGAAAAGGAAAAGCAGAGUAAGUCCCGGGGAGACCAGAGAAGCAGCAUGUUGAAUGUGAAUUUAAAUGCAUCACAGAGCUCACUACGAACUCCAAGUCACUUAAUUAUUUUUAACGUAUACUACAUUGAAAGAUGAGUGGGUUUUCUUGCAGUAUACAUCUGUCCAUAGUACUGCUGGAAAGGUCAAAAGCGUGGGAUUUGAAUGACUCUACACACAUCACAAGUCUGUUUGGUUUUUAGUGUAUCUGCAGAAAUUGAAUACAUUUUCAGUUUGACUUGAGAAAUGUGAACUACACUUAAA